GGGGUGCUUCUGCACAAACCCUAAUGGAGGACGAGGAAGUGGCGGCGGUCCUGCGGGGCGACAUGGAGGAGUUCUCGGCGUCUGCCACCGUCGUCCCCUUCGAUUCGGCGCGCCCGCUCCUCAGAGGUCCCGUGCCGGCCGGCCCCGCCGACGAUCCCGCUGCCGGCCCCUUCGUCCUCGCCUUCAGAGACUCCGCCGCAUGGAGAUCCGCUUACAGGGCCACCGAAUCCAUGAUCAUUGACCAGUGCGAGGCUGGAGCACGUGUUGGAUGCUCAAUCUCUGCAUCUAACAAGUGUAAACCUCCAUGGUGGAAAUUUCUGUUUGGAACAACUGCCAUGGAUUAUGCUGAGCGAGAGCAAUGUGAAGAACGUGAAAUGGCUUCAUGUCUUGCAGCUGCAAAAGACUCAUGCGUUCAAUUUGCAAAAGAGAAAUGCCUGCAGCCCUUCAGAGAUGCAAGGAUUGCUUCUGACAAUCUGAAAGGAACUCCACAGUUUGUUCUCUCGGGUAAUGAUACUGUUGAAACUGAAUUUGGAGGCACAAGAAAGGAGUCUGAGCCAGCUUCUUGUCAGCAAGAAACUUUCGACGGUUCAUCGAAAUGCGACUCUGAAGUAACAAAUUAUAGAGGAAGUGUCCUAAUGGGGAUUGUGGCUUCUGAAAAUAAUGCAACAUGAGUUGAUUGACCAAGAAAUAAAAGAAGAAUAACAUCAUGUAGCAUUAAUUUUAAAGAGAAGCCACAAAUGCUACAUUAUCGACCUUGUUGAGUAGGGUGGGUGCUGUUAAUAUUUUAUCACCAUUUUUCGUUCACAGAAUUCUGCCAUCAGUUGGAUUUAGAAAAUGAUAGUAGCAACUGAAAACGAUUCUGUUUAAGAAUGAUGAGUGUGUACUUUUUGUAUGCUCCAAAACUGUAAGCCCCAUUGUGAAAGUGUUUGCUGGUCAGAGUUUGACAAGCAAACAACCAGUCAUGGAAUUCAAGAGAGGGUAAUUAUUACA